AUGGCCAUGCCUCCACCCAUGGCGAUGCCAUACUUCCAUCACACUCCAUCAUCUCCGGAGGACCGACGCUUCUCCCCCAAUCCCGACGACAUGGGUGACGGCGACAGAGAAGACGUCCGCGUGACGAGGACGUCAAAUCAGCUAGAGAGGCCUCAAACAACUCCGCGGCCGCACGCGGCAACGGCAAGCCGGCAGAAGCUGGUCUUCACCGAUCCUGUUGCUUUUCGAUAUCUAGAGGAGGAUCCCGACACCAUUGUGCUGGAUAGACGGAGGAGACUCGAAGGGUACGAGCUGUACAUCGUCGAGCAAUGGGCUUGUUCGCGUAACCAUCCGACGUUUCUAAUCUGCACCUACACCGGCGAUGCAUCGCGGUCUGUCAUUGUCAGCGUGCUAAGCGUCCCCUCUGACGCGUCUGCUUGGUCACCGCGCCUCAAGCUCUACCUUGAUGCAAUGUCUCAGUACCAUGCUAAGCCGAAAGAGACGCCUUACGGUGACAUUCUAAUCACCAACCUUUCGGGCUUCCCGUCGUCAUUGACAGUGAUUUCGGUAUCCGAUGGAGAUGUGAAAAAGCACCGCGAGGACUUCAUUGUCAACGAGGAUCUGAAGCGGAUGGGUUGCACGGGUCGAGCUGCCAUCAACUUACUUCCCCCCCAGCAAAGCACAGUCGCCAAGUUUCAUCAACUCUAUCGGACGAGUGAGAGUGCUGGCAUAUACCAAGCAGUGAUUGAGCUUGUCAAGCUCUGCCAGAAGGCAUUGUUGAUAUAUGGGCGUCUUCAGGAAGCCUAUACCGACGGACUGCUUUGCGAUAUCACCGAAAAAGCGAUAGGUGACUGGUGGACUGAGAUUGGAGUUUAUUUCUACAACACCGAGCCAACCGAUGGCGUGCUCGGCCCAAGUACAGUUGCUGCUCUUCUCGGCCUACUGAUCGGUGCUUACAACAGGCUAAAGGCUUGGGGAGCCCCAGUGGGAAAGGACAUAUUCGAUAUACCCAGCAUGAAGCGUGCGAUUGGAUCGUUCCAGAAGGCCGCAAAGCUGGAGAGGUCGCGGCGAUUAGAUCGCGAGACCAUCGACCGGCUACAUCGAGCUACCGCAAAGACCGCGAGUGGUGAAGGUUGGACUGUGCCACGGGCUGUUAAAUCGACACUGGCUGAAGUGAGUGGCAAAGGAGGUGAAAUGGUGAUGGGUAUUGUUGGUGGAAAGGAUAAAGCAGGCAUCUCAGAUGUUGAGACUUUGGAUAUUGAUCUGUUUGCACAACUCGUCGUCGGCGCCAGAAUGAAGUGGCUUUGGCAGGGAAAAUCCAAACCGGUUGAUGUCCGCAUCGCUGACGGGGAGGGUCUUGAAGGCAAGAUCUUCAGCACCGAUGACCAGGGCGGCUUCAUCUGGACCAGCAAUAAGCGAGACUCCGUCCAAGGAACCAAUCUUGAACGCGCGGAUACGACAAGUACUCUCGCUCCGCCAAGUGCUGAAGGCAAGUCUGGCUUAAACCGUAUUCGAGAUGCUGUGGGCGGCAAGCUGCACAACCCACGCCCACUUCACGAACGUGAAGAAACGUCAGACUGGAACGAUACUCCCACGCCUGGUCUCUCGGCCGUCUCCUCCAGGCUAGAACCAACAAGCACGCCAGACGACCCGCUGCAUCCCCCGCUUGAUCAGGCUCUUGUUGAAGCCUCACCGUAUGCACACAAAAAAUCUCCCAGUGGUCAUACAGAGCGCGAACGCGCACACUACAACCUCCAGGGACCCCCCGCAACGCGGCAAUCACUCGAUCACGUCCCAGCGUAUCGCCAACAACUCAGGCCUGCUGCACCCGCCUCAUCCCCACGGAAGCGCCAGAUCGAAGCUUCCCUCUCUGCCCUCCGCACCGAUCUACAGAACCCGACAUACACCAACUUCAGCACGCCCUACACGCAUGACGAACCCCAAUCACACGUCCUCCGCCGAUCCCGCUCCGCCAUUCAACCCGUCGCCACCACCUUCGCCGACUUCCCCCGCCAGAACCGCCUAAACCGUCAACUAUCCUUCUCAAUUGUCGAGCCCUCCAUCCUCACCUUUUCCGACCUCGUCACCGACGAUGCCCAAAUCGCACCCUUCCCGAAACAAGACGGCGUGCAACAACAUUCGCCCGCCGCCGCGAUGGCCGCGCGCGACGCUCUCACCGCCCACGCCGUCAAGCGCAGCCGCCGCAUCUCGCAGAUCCAACAGUCGCUCAUCCCCUUCACCGAGUCGCAGGUCGCGCACGUCGAAGCCCUGGACAACAAUGCCGCCGCGCACCUCGAGGAGCUCAACAAUAUGUACUACCAGAAGCUGGAGGAGUAUCAGACGCUCCGCGCCACGAGCAGCGACGUCGUAAGCCAGGAAAGGGGGACGCUCAACGACAGUUUGCGUCGCAUUGAGGUGCUCGGCGCCAAACUCGACUACGAGCUCAACGCGCUGCAGUCGAGGAUGGCGGAGGUGGAGGCCGCAGUAGGGGAGUUUGAAGGGAGUGUGGUGGGGAUCGAGAGGAGAGUGGGGGAGCUGGUUGGUGGCGGCAGUGAGGAGAGGCACGAAGGCGUGCCGUGGACGCAGAGGCUGAUCAACUUUCUAGGGAGUGGGAAGUAG